AUGAACGAAGCCAUCUCCGGUGGACGUGAUAACUUAAGCAGCCUCUUCAAUCUUCAGAAUCUCCAGUACCUGAGUUUGGCUCACAACAACUUCAACGGUUCUCAAAUUCCAUCGGAGUUUGAGAAGAUGACGAAUUUGAGUUAUUUAAACCUACCAAGUGCUGGCUUUUCAGGGCAGAUACCAAUUGAAAUUUCGCACUUGACAACGUUGGUUUCUCUUGAUUUAUCUUCCGAUUACUUCUCGGUAGAUACUCUUCUAAAAAUUGCGAAUCCAAGUCUCAUCCAGAGAGGUCCUGUUCUGAAACUUGAGAAUCCAAGUCUCAAUGUGCUGGUUCAGAACCUUACGGAGCUUGUAGAACUUAUUCUUGAUGAUGUAAACAUAUCAGCAAGAGGGAAUUAUUCCAGAGUUCUUCGCAAAUUUCACAAAUUUGAGGUUGCUGCGUCUCACUUCUUCUGGGUUGAGAGGCACAUUUCCAAGAAAGAUCUUCCAGGGACAAUAUCAGAUUCUAUUGGUUACCUUACAAAGUUUUCUACAAUAGAUAUUUCACACUGCAAUUUCAGCGGAUCACUGCCACACUCAAUGGCAAAGCUUACACAAUUGCUUUAUUUGGAUGUGUCACGGAACAAAUUCAUCGGACCAAUUCCAUCAUUCAGCACGGCCAAGAAACUGACCCAAAUAAAACUUUCUCAUAAUGAUCUAAGUGGACAGAUUACAUCCAUUCGUUGGGGAGAGCUUUGGUUAUUGAUUGAAUAUAAUGGAACUGAUGGAAUUAAUUCAACUUUGUCCUCUUCCAUUCCCCAUAUUUACGAUAUAAGUUUGGCUUCUUGCAAGUUGAAAAAGUUUCCUGAUUUCUUGAGAUACCAAUCCCAAUUAGCCGUUCUAGACCUUUCAUACAACCAGAUUGACGGAAAUAUACCAAACUGGCUCGGAGAACUUGGUGGUCUUGAUUACUUAAAUCUCUCUUUCAACCGGCUGGUGACUCUGGAUCGACUUUUCUCCAAUCUUUCUUAUUUGGCUGUCCUGGACCUUAGUUCAAACAAGCUCCAAGGACAACUCCCAGAUCUACCACCGCGUGCCUGGUAUUUGGAUUUCUUGAUGAAUCAUUUCAACACUGUAAUACCAGCUAAUAUUGGUGACUCCUUUACUUCUGCUUAUUUCUUCUUUCUUUCUAGCAAUAACUUUUAUGAGAGUAUCCCUGAAUCAAUAUGCAAUGCUACAUUUCUUCAAGUUUUAGAUCUAUCUAAUAAUUCCUUAAGUGGAAAAAUACCCCAAUGCUUGAUUGAGAAGAGUGUGACUCUUGGGGUGCGGAAUCUAAAGGGAAACAAACUUAUUGGCUCAAUUCCCAAUUCCUUUCAAGACGAUUGUAAUUUACAAACUUUAGAUCUCAAUGGAAACCUAAUAGGAGGACCAUUACCGAAGUCUCUAGCCAAUUGCACAAAGUUGGAGGUCUUGAACGUGGGGAACAAUCUCAUCGAGGAUGUCUUUCCAUGUUACUUGAAGAACUUGUCCAUGUUGCGCGCUCUUGUAUUGCGAUCUAACAACUUUAACGGGCCCAUUGUUUGUUCGGAUCCUAAUGCCACCUGGCCUAUGCUUCAAAUUGUAGACAUAGCUUCAAACAAUUUUACCGGUAAAAUUCCAAAAAUUUCUGCCUGGAAGCCAAUGAUAGAUAAUGAAAAUAGGGCCCAAUUUGAAUUCUUGAGUUUCAAUCAUUUUUACUAUCAUGAUUCCAUAAUAGUUACCUCCAAAGGUCGAAAUAUGGAGUUGGUGAAGAUUCUAACUAUCUUCACCUCAAUUGACUUUUCUUGCAACAAUCUUGAGGGGCCAAUACCGGAAGAAUUCGGAGGACUUAGAUCACUAUAUGUUCUCAACUUGUUGCACAAUGCUCUUACUGGCCAAAUUCCACCAUCUCUCGCAAACUUGACUUAG